GGUACGGCAUGCGCCUGCAAUUCUCAUCCGCUUAUCAUCCCCAAACGGACGGUCAGACAAAGAGGACAAACCAAACGAUGGAACAACUGAUUCGGACAAACUGCCCCGACCGAAACAAAUUGGAGGACACGCUUCCCAUGUUGGAAUUCUCCUACAACAAUGUGCCAUCAGCUACGACUAAUCAUUCCCCGUUUUACCUCAAUUACGGGAUGGACCAGACGUGAUUCAACACUUAGUUAUUCAU